AUGUCCGACAAGGGGGCUCUCAAUGACACCCCAGACGUGUCUGUAAUCGUAUCAAUGCCGGAAAAUAGUAAAAUUAUUGUAGACUCCAAACUAGAACUUCCGACAGAAGACAAAGACAAGCACAUCACAAUCGAAAGAGCAGCGCACACACUAGCACGUUGCAUGAGCACCAGCAAAACGCGGGCGGAGCAGUUCCAAACUAACUUGGGGAGAACACCCAGAUCAUACACACCGGACGGUGGGCUGGCAAACAUCUACAUGAGCAGACUGAGCGUUGCAGCCGGCGCUCUGACUGACUCCCCUCGAGGGAGGAAGGGAGACACGGAGGAGCUGAUGGUGAGGGAAGCAGUGGAGGUUCAAUUCCCUGCUAUCCAGUCCGGUUGGAUCACGGCAAAGGCGAAGGCGGCAUUCUCGAAGGCCCGUGACGGGCCCGACGGAGUCGCGAGUGGCAAUAAGGAGCCAAUAGAAACCCCGUCUCCAUCCGCUCGCCCUGUUGUGAGUAAAACUCCCCCAAUUUUGGGCAUUGGACCUCCAGAAUGGGAAUGCCAUCGGGAACAGGAGAAGCAUGAGCUGCUACAGUCGUUUGAUAUGACAUUCGCAUGCAAGAAGUGCAAGAAGUGCUUCCGGAAAGAUGCACAGGAGUUCGAGGAGAGCGACGAGUAUUGCCCGCACUGCGAUAACCAUUUUGUCCUAGAGGCACUCACUCCCAAGCCAGCCUUGAAGAUAGAGGGGGAAGAUGCCCGUAUUGAUUCUAGAAUGUUGAAGGAUGAACGUGUCCGGCAGAAAGACCAGCGGACAAUCUUCAAUGUCAAGGACGCACCAGAUCGGCUUGGGUAG